UCAACACUAGAUUAUUAAGUGCAGUGCAGUCAGUGUCGUCUCAACUGUUGUAGUAUGCGGAUAUCAACGUCCGAUCCUAAUCAACUUUAUUUACGACGUAUUUCAUUUGUUUACAUGGAGGUCACAAUUAUUAUUGCCGGAAAAGACGAGCGCGUGUGAGUUUGUUUUAGUCAGUUUUCUCGGUUUUCGAAACCCAAGAACUGUUUUCAGCGUGGACCCGAUACUGUUGCUGUCUUGGUGGUUACUAUGGCUUUACAAAAAGUGUUUGGAUUUUUCAUCUUCACAGCAUUAUAUUUAAUGGUCUCGUCAACAAAAUCUCAAUUAGUUGGUUAUCGAAAAACAUGUUCCAUAGAAGGAGCUAAAGUAUCAGUGGAUUCCAUAGAAAAAGGCAAAUGUUUUUCCUGUUAUUGUAAGAAUGGGUAUGUAACGUGUACGGAUGGAUGUCCGAAAACUGAAGGAUGUCAUAUGCUUGUAGAAGAUGGAUGUUGCAAGAAAUGUCGAGGUUGCAUCUACAACGGUCACUACCACCAAAGUGAUACAGAGUGGACAGAUCCGAAAGAUCCGUGUAAUAUAUUGCGAUGUGAAGCCGGUGUGAUCACGAUAUCUACCCUACGAUGUCAUACUCCUUGUGCGAAACCACUUCCACCCGAACCAGGAAGGUGUUGUCCGACUUGUGCAGAAUGCAAAAUAAACGAACAGAUAGUCACUGAUGACAGAGAUGUUACUUCAGACGAUCCUUGUCUACAAUGUCGAUGUACAGGAAAAAAGAUGGUUUGCUCUAAGAAAGCAUGCCCUGUCUUGCAAUGUGUUCAACAAAGACAAAUUCAUCCUAUGGGCGAAUGCUGUCCGAGAUGUCAAGGUACCAGGGCCCUUGUUAGUCUGAAGAAUACUUGUACCGUCAAAACAUCAUUAUUCAGGCAGGGAGACAAGUUUAGCGUCGACAAAUGUACCAACUGCACCUGCACUAAUCAAACAGCAAUAUGUAACAGAUAUACAUGUCCAAUAUUGGACUGCGCUCCCGAUUUACAGAAGUCUGUUCCAGGCAGUUGUUGCAAAAAAUGCGAACUUCCAGAAGAGUUUAGAUCUGAUUGCUAUAUCAAUGGACAUAAUUAUCAGGAUGGUGAACAAUGGAAAUUAGACGACUGCAAGUCUUGCAUGUGCCAGAGAGGAAUGCCUAGUUGUGCCAUCACCAGAUGUAAUACUACAUCAACGACAUGUGCGUACGGCACAAAGUUUCAGAAAGUGCCAGGAGAAUGUUGUCCGCGAUGUGUGGAAGUCGAAGGAACCUGUAUGGUUUUUGGUGACCCCCAUUAUAAAACAUUCGAUGGGAAAAUCUACACCUUUAAAGGAAUCGGCAAAUACCAGUUGACUGCUGAUUGUACCAAUCACACGUUUUUUGUAAGAGUCGCCAAUGUCCUUCUUGACGGAAGUUCUUCCACCACCAGAAGGGUAUCCAUUAAAUACCUAAAUGCCAGAUUAAACCUUCAACAAAAAGGACGAAUUAAGUUUAAUGGUACAGUGAAGACAAUCCCUUUUCAAGUUGAUGGGAAAUUUAAAGCUGAAAAGAAAAAGGAUAAUUCUGUGGAGAUAAUAUUGAACAAUGGGGUCAAAGUGUACUGGAACUUUAAAAGUUUCGUAGAAGUCACUGUUCCUGCAACUUUAAAAAACCAUGUUUGUGGUCUCUGCGGUAACUUCAACUACGACGUCAAAGACGACCUGACUUCCAAAGCAGGUAAAAUGCUUUCAGAUAAAGAAAUCCUGGCUUUUGGCGCGUCUUGGUGCCUUGGAAGUAGAUUCGAAUGUGCUAAGAAAAUCAGAGUACAGAAACUGGAGAAACCUUUAACGCCCAUGAGAAAAAGUGCUUGUAGAUACUUUAACAGCGAUACGUUUUCAUCUUGUCGCUCUAAAUUGAGCACUCUUAAAUAUUUUAAAGCGUGCAAGAUGGACAUGGAUCACUGCAAAGGUCAUAAGUGUUACUGUGAUAGCUUAACGGCUUAUGUGAGAGAAUGUGAACGACUCGGUGUUAACCUGAAUAACUGGCAAAAGUAUACGUUAUGUGAUCUGGCGCAUAUGCGAAAUUUAAAAAGAAACCCCAAAAGAUUACGCCAGCGUAAGAGAAACGAACAGCAAGCACUCUUGUUGAAGCAGAUGCCAAAAGUUCUGAAUCGAACUAGGAGCUCUGUAGGUGUACCUUUAACAUAAUUUGUUACUAUUGAAGUAACCUAGUCAUUUUCAGUAUUUUAGACUUGACGAAGGUCUCCACAGUCUGUGUUGGCACACUUCUUGAUUUGAGUGCUGCUUGAUGAUUUUUUACGAAACAGUGCAAUUGAAUUUGACUCGAUAAAACCGCGUCUGUUUGAUUUGUAGCUAUAAACCUAGGCCAGUAGGGUUUCCGUUGGUUCGGUUAAAGCUUACCCCCUUGAGGAUAGGCAAAAUGCCGUCACUCUCAGACAUCCAUUUUUUAAUUUUUUUGACGUUUUUUAAAAACGUUCUUUUUUCGUUUUAUUUUUGUUUUUUAUGAAGGAUCUGGGGUUUAGUGAAAUCAAUUUAAAAAUUUCAAGAAAUUCACCGGAAUAGUGUGGAUGAGGGGGCUUGCGGGCUAAAAUUGUUCUGAGUCCUAUUUUUAAUUCACAUAAAACGUAAAAAAAUGAAAAAAUUGAUUCAGGUCGUAUCGAUCUCAAAAAAUAUUACUAACCUCGCAACUACUCGUAAAACCUUGAAAACAUGUUUUUGGGGGUUUGAACGUGUUUUCUCGUAUUGUUGAAUGUGGUAUAGGACUCAGUUACUUCAAAUUAUGUACAACCUCAUGUUUUGUAAAAGCCUCAAAUAGGUAUGCAUGUGAAUUUUUUGAAAUGAAAUUGAUUGCAUCCCUCAUAAAAAAGUAAAAACGAAAAAACGCCGGUUUUGUGGAAAUAGAAGGGAGAGGAGGUUGAGGGUUAAAAUUGCACUGAUUAUUAAAUUUGAAUAAUAUUGAACGUAAAAAAUUUAAAAAAAAAUGAAUUCUGGGAGUGAGCAUUUUGUCUCUUAACGGGGAUGCCCUUUAUUAGUAUUAUGUAUUACAAGCUCUGCUAAUAAUUGUAACUAAUUGCUAUAUAAUCGAUUUGUAAGAUCUAGUUCGAUCCAUAUAUCCAUUUUUAUACAAGUCCGUUGCUGUUGCUACUGUACUUAAUGGCACACGAGGUGUUCCUGAAGUUAAAGUGUUUGAGCGCCUUGAGUAAUAUGCUUUGAUGCGUGAUAUAUAGUUUUCAUAAUAUGUCUUCUUAUUAUAUAUUAUGUUUUCAUAAUAUUUUAUAUAAUUGAUGAAUUGGAACGUCAUUUCUCCGGAUAGAAUCCAGAUACUUCUUUUAAAAAGUUUUAGAAUAUUUUAUUUUAAAGUUUAUUUAUUCGUUUUUAACGUUUGUGAUAGGUAAAUACCACGUUAGCAGAAACAUCUGCUGGUGUAUUUAGCAAAUCUAAUUACCUUUAGAGCAAAAAGUGCACUAUUUUAGUCAAAAGCCACAAGGAAAGGGGCUUUAGUAUUACAAGAUUACAGUCAUACUGAUAUUGGUAUAUUUAUUUAUGAAUUGGCUAUAAAUACUUAUUUCAGUGAAACAUCGUCAUCAAAAGAACAAAUUUCUUUCUCCAAAUAUUUCAAUUUGACUCAUACGAAAAUGUUCUUUAGGUGAAAAUGUGUUUAUCAGUAUUUUAUAUGAAUUUGGUUUACUGUUACCAGAUAUGAAUCCGCAGAGCAGUAAAUUGUGAACUUUACUGCCUUUAUCAAGACGAAAGCCCAUUUCGCACCAAGCGAGUCCAGUCCUGUCGAGAUAAUUCCAGUCAAAUCAAGUCUGUCAUUAACUUUUACACUGAAUGCGUCUUGUGGAGUCAUCAGUGUAGAGACACAUGUGGAAAAAUGGGCGUAGUAGUCAAACCAAACAGUCAUAUUACGUCACCUUUGAAGAAGGAGAAUGAGUCAACGAGGAAAGCUAUUUUUAGUUCAUCCCAUAAAUACAAGAAUUACUUUUUUUGAUUCAUUCAGUCAUAUAUGUUUCCUGAUUUACUAGAUGAUUCUAAAAAUUUAUACAACUAUUUUCGAGUCAGUAUAGAUUUAUUUUUUCAUUUAAAAAAAAAUGCUCUAUUUUCAAUACCAAUUUUUAAAUGUGAACAUCGUGCAGUUACUGAACAAGACUGAUGUAAAAAUUCGACCUGUUAAAAUGUAAUGUCCUGUGAAAAUUAAUGGUUUAUUUGAGUGGACUCGAUUCGAGAUUCGCUUGGUGCGAAAUGAGUAUAGGCCGGCCGCAAGUUGACAUGCAGCUUCGUGAGGUGACGCAGAGUGAGUCCCGGUGAAUUUCUGUGGAACCAAAAAUGAUGCUAACACCGCAAACGGACCGGGAAAACUGCUUCACGUCACUCUGUGUCGGAACUUGCGGUCUUAGUAUUAUUUGUUUCGCAGAAAUUCACCGUGACCCACCCUGCGUCACCUCACGGAGCUGCGUGUCAACUUGCGGCCGGCCUUACACGCUUCUUGGUGAAGUAACUCAGUUGAGUCAUGGUGAGAAAAAACUGCUGGUGACUGGAUCACCGCAAAUUAAAACGCAGCUGGCUCCUACUGUUCUUAUGUGACGUGUUUCUUUCCUGCAGAGUUCGUAAAUCUUACCUCCAGAUACCGUCAUAAUCUGCGGAAUGAGAACUGCCUAGCGCAUUGUCACGGACCGUGAAAGAUAAAUUCUGUCUGUCAAAAAGCUGACCAAAGUAAAAAAAGUUAUGUCAGUAAAAUAGCUGACAAAAAUAAACCAUAAGAAAUGCGCAACAUUAUGACGAACAAGUAGGUAUAGAUAAUACCACGUGAAUUCGACAGAACUCAUUUUAGGUUCGAACUGCUUUUGCAGAAUUUUUCAAUUUUUUUUUAUAAAUUAAAAUACAUAAUAUAUAAAAAAUGUAACCGGAGUGAAAAUAUUUUAUGAAAAUUAUUUAAUGCUUACAAUUUUAAAGAAGCUGUAGAAACACAGUAGCUUCAAAUGAGUACUUCCUUUUUGCCUUUUUUGAGUACCCCACUAAAGAACUUAAACCAUUAUCCGAUAAAUACCACAGCCCUAGCCUUUCUACUUGGUUUCUGUGGCAACUGUCAUGUCAUAUUCAUUUUAUUCAGUUAGUUUACCACUUGGUUGAUCUUUUCCCUUAUUCCCUGUAUGUUCCAUGACCAAUUUAUUUUAAAUAAAUUAAAAGUAAAUUUACCUUUAGUCUGUCAUUUUAAAAUCUUAUCAGUUUGCUAGAAAACCUAACAAAAAAUAAAUAGCAAUUUAUUUAAUUAUUUAAAGGACCCCGCAACACUCCUUAUGGAAAAGUGGUCCCGGUCAAAUUUAACGAAACUUUGGUCAAUGAUAGUUCUCAGUGAGUAAAUUAAAAAAUUUCAUGGCACCUAGGUCUGAAAAACUAUUAUUCUCGAGCUACAGCUUUUUGAAGUUCUUAAAUUCAGGUAUUCGGUUUACGUUAAGUGCACUAAUUCACGGUCAAGUGAAUGAAAAUAUCUAUUAUUUAAAAAAAAGAGACUCAUUUUCUUCAUGCAUAUUUGCGUGUUGCAUAUGAAUUCGUGGUUAAAAAU